AUGGCUGUAAUCAUUUCCAGAAAGACCUGCUUUAGUCACCAAUUCUACUCCAUUACCCUCGGCGAGAACGAUUUCUUCAACGUCACUAUCACCGCCAACGCUACCGUCGUUAAGCACUGGCUAGCCACCACGCUCCACAACAGCCGCCGAUACCUCUACCUUAACUGCCUAGUCGUCGGCCUCGGCGUUCAUUGGACUCCCGGCCCCAACAAUCCGCCGGUGGACACGCUGCAACUCUGCGUCGGUAGACGGUGCCUCAUCUUCCAACUGGCGCACGCCAACCGCGUGCCGAGUAACCUCCGCACUUUCCUGAACAAUCCUAACCACAACUUCGUCGGAUUCUGGAAUCACUCUGACCGGCGGAAGCUCAAGCAAUCGAGGUUCCAGUUGGAAAUGUGCACUGAUCCUCUAGAUCUGAGGCUGUUCUUCGAGAACCUCGCACAGGCUUCGGUGGAAGAGAUCGUGCAGAAGUGUCUCGGUUACCAAAUAUCCCAACCGAGGGAGAUUGGCAGGAGCAGGUGGCGUGAUUUUCUUCUCAGUGACGAUCAAAUUACUUACGCCGCAGUUGAUGCUUUCUGUGCGUUCCUCAUCGGUAGGAAUUUCAAAAUCCGGAACAAUGAUAUUUGA